CCAACGCGUUUAUUAUUUUGUGAAAUUUGUUUUUUCAACCGUUUUUCAAUGCGCAAUCUUAUCUUAAUGUGAUUAAUCUAUUGCAGAAAACGCAAAAUGCCGCCUACAGUACAGAACGGCUCGAAUGGAGCGGAAAAACGAGCUGUAGCUCGUCCGCAAGAAAAAAGCAGGUCGGAGCUGAUCACCAGGGUUAAGUUCUGUAACACACUGCCGGACAUUCCGUUUGACCUGAAAUUUAUCACCUAUCCUUUCGAAAAUGACCGAUUUAUACAAUAUAAGCCAACAUCGUUGGAGCGUAACUAUCGGUACGAAGUGCUUACCGAGCACGAUCUGGGAGUGACAAUCGAUCUAAUCAAUCGAGACCUGUACCAGAUCGAUCAUCUAGCCCAGCUGGAUCCGGCCGAUGAAAAACUGCUCGAGGAAGACAUACACACGCCGCAGGACUCGAUGCGCAGCAGUCGGCAUGCUAAGUCGGUUUCCUGGUUGCGAAAGUCGGAAUAUAUUUCAACUGAGCAAACCCGUUUCCAACCGCAAACUAUGGAGAAAGUUGAAGCGAAGGUUGGUUUCAAUGUUAAGCAAAGUUUACGUGAAGAGACCCUGUACAUGGAUCGGGAAGCGCAAAUUAAGGCCAUCGAAAAGACAUUUGACGAUAAUAAGAAUGAAAUUACUAUGCACUAUAGUAAGCCGGGUGUAACGGCGGUAGAGGUCCUGCCGGUGUUUCCUGAUUUUGCCAACUGGAAAUAUCCUUGCGCUCAGGUUAUUUUCGAUUUCGAUCCUGCUCCUGCCGGUAAGAAUGUUCCAGCUCAAAUGGAAGAAAUGUCUCAGGCUAUGAUUCGAGGUGUGAUGGACGAAAGCGGUGAGCAGUUUGUAGCUUACUUCCUACCAACGGAAGAAACAUUGGAAAAAAGACGUCGAGAUCUGGUUAAUGAGACGCUGUAUGAAGAUGAGGAAGAGUAUGAGUAUAAGAUGGCUCGCGAGUACAACUGGAACGUUAAGAGUAAAGCAUCCAAAGGGUACGAAGAAAACUAUUUCCUGGUGCUUCGUCAGGAUGGAGUUUACUACAAUGAACUGGAGACACGCGUACGUUUGAGCAAACGUCGUCAGAAGGCCGGUCAGCAGCCUAACAACACCAAACUGGUAGUUAAACAUCGUCCUUUGAACGCUCCGGAACAUCGUAUGCAGCGGUAUCGCGAACGGCAGCUCGAACCACCGGGUGAAGAUGACGAAGAGGAUGUUGAGGAGGAAGAAGAAGAGGACGAGGAAAUGGAGGAAGAACUGCAAGAGACCCAGGAAGAAGAGGACAAGCAAUUGGAACAGGAGGAAGAAGGCAGACGAAGCCGGUCCGGAAGUCGAUCUCGGUCGCGUUCGCGAUCACACAGUGGUUCCGAACGUUCGGGAUCCGGUUCUCGGUCACGUUCCGGAUCAAGGUCCCGUUCCGGUUCAAGAUCACGUUCCGGUAGCCGUCAGAGCCGAAGCCGCUCGAAGAGCGGCAGCCGCAGUCGCAGUGCUUCUCGCUCGAGAUCUCGUUCCGGUUCAAGAUCACACUCUGGAUCACGGUCCCGUUCGGGCUCACGCAGUCGUUCGGGUUCUCGUUCGAGGUCUGGUUCCCGAUCACGUUCCGGAUCCAGAAGCCGUUCCGGUACUCCGGCUUCCGGUGGAGGUUCCCGCAGUCGUUCGGGAAGUCGCUCCGGAAGCGAUCGUAAAUCGGGUAGUGAAUCGGAGUAGAAGUGUGGUCACACCUGGGAUCGACUUUUAUUAUAAUACAUGUCUUCACUAUUUCAGCUGUUUGAGAAUAUUUGUACCCAUCUAGGUUGGAAAUAAAUACUUUUUACUUGCAAUUCGAA